CUCUGCUUUGUGUGCUCUUUUUGGGAGCUUAUAUUAUCCCACCAAUAGAUACCCUGACACCCAAUAUUUUUGACUCUCAUACGACGCCUUCAAAUAUGCUAACCCGGGGUUUUUGAUUGCUGGUCAAUUAUUUAACCUCAAUAAUAUGUCUUAGAAAGCGGUUAUUCUAGGAACGGUGACCACCUCGUCGGAAUGAUUCCAUGGCCCUUUUGUCUUUCGCCCACAGUUGGAUUACUAGUCUUUGGACUGGAGCUGGGGAUUAGAGUCAGGUAACACCAUGGCGUCGCACAGGUUCGAGGGCGGUCGAAUACCACGGUUAAAGGAUCCUGCCUCCCAGUCGCGAAAUGUAUCAUUGCCGGUCACGAAUGCAUCGGCGAGGCUUUCCAAUUCCUCCAUUCUGCUGUCAUCAACGCCCCGCAUUGCAGCACCCACAAAGAUUACCAACAGGGGGUCCUCUUUAUCUAAGACCGAGUCAAGCCAUUCCGCAGUACCGUCAAAGCCUUCCAGAAUUCCAUCUACGCGCAAUGCUCGAUCGUUGCUGCCUCCACGAGCAGCUACUCAUCCACUACCUUCAGUAGCUCGUCACGUACCACCUGACUUAAAUACUGAGAAGAGCUCGCCGUUAAGUGUAAGCGCAGCGUCGCCUUCGGAUUUGCUAGGUGCUGGCCAGCAACAGCCUGUUCGUAGUCGACUACGGAAUGUUCUUCGAAGAAAGGCGCCAACCAUUGGGCAGCAUACUGAGAACGACAAGUCAAUUAAUGACACCACUAAACCAGACAGGCUUAAUGUCAAAGUCCCGACCAGUUCUUGCCCGGAGCAAGUCAUGGGUGGAGAUUCACAACUCCCCACGGGUCAACCUAAGUCAGUGAAAGAAAUGCUUUCGGCAUACACGCCACAGGAUGCAGCGGUGAGCAUAUUACCGAAACAACAGGCUCACCAUGGACCAAAAGAGCUUGCGAGCCUACGAACUACUCUUACUACGCAAAGUUUGCCUCCCCCUACUCCAAUUUUUGCCUCCGCCAGUAGCCCGUCAACAAGAUAUUCUGGCUCUCCGGGCAUAUGGAGCAGAACAUCUACACCUACCUCACUCUCCUCUUAUUCACCAGGAAUUGUUCAGCCAGCCAAGGUCGUUCCCCGUAUCAGACUACCAAGUCCAAGCCAUACCAAACUUCCCGUCUCAUCACGGCAGGUACAGCAAUCACCACAAGGUGAAGCUAUACAUCUGACAGCUAGUACGCCAACUAGUUCCGGUCCACAGCCAAGCGUAACUGCUUCUAGUAGAGGAAAAGGCGAGGAGUCUCCAGCAAAAGAAUAUGAAGUCAAUAUUAUCGCUGUACCUGGUAGACUUCCGUCACGGAAACCACUCGCUACGUCCUGCCUCCCUAGAAAGACAACUGAGAGGCCCAACACAGAGUCAGGCUCCUUUCAAACAGUUCAAUCACCCGAGAAUACCAGAACAAAUGCAGCCGGGAGGAGAGAAAGCACUUCUACGCAGAUACCUGCGCGGCCGAGUAGAGAGGGAACACACCAGUUGCAAUUGGAUCCAUCACCAGUGGUCCAAAGUAACCUGUCACCUGACACGGUAGCAGGUCACAAACGCCGUCCGUCAGUGGAAAGCACCUUCACUUUAGAUAGACCUCCUCUGGGCUCCAUUCGAUCGGCGUCGACAUCAAUGGAUUCACUACAGUCCAGGAGCUCCUCUCAACUACCGUCCCGCUUGUCGCCUGAGUUUUCACGGAGAUCUCCGAAGGCAUUGUCAAAGGAAAGGAAGAUGCGGCAAACGCCGCAAAGCCCAAUAAGCCCAUCCAAGAGCCGAAAGUUCGGCCUGUUCUUGAAGAAACCUAAGCCUGAACUGGAAACAAAAUUAUCGGAAGAGAACCGGCCGGUUCGCAAGGGUCCGUCUGCUGGAACUGGCCACGAAGGGUAUGGCAAAUACGCACAGCGUGGCCGAAGGACAAGUAUCUCUAGUAGUGGGUCUAGAACAAGGUCAACUAGUACUGUGAGGAGUGCCUCUAAGUCAGUUUCUAGUAAAGGCAGCGUGAGCAGUCGUCCAGAGCUGGGGCUUGAUGACUUCCUGCUUGAUCGUCUUGAGCCUGUCUUUAUCAGCGGUGGUGGUAUGGACGGCGCAACAUUGACUCGAAUACAAAGUGGACAAAGUUCUUCCGGCCUUAAUGCAGGUUCUGUCUCAAGCUUGGCCCAUACGGCCAAUAUCUCAAAGCCUGACGGGUACUCCUCCGAGUCCUUGGCUUCUUCAACGGAUAGCAUUAGCAAACCUGCAAAGAGCCAGCAAAGUAACACAAAACAAGCGGCACCCAGUGCUGCUCCGUCUACGCACCAGCCGAAAACUCGCAAUAUUGAGGGAACUAGAAAGUUAGACCCCAACAUUGACGUCAAUUCUGAGACACUCCAGCCCCAUGCAAUCCGGGCUGGACAAUCUCACGCAGGCGCUGUAACUUUGAAAAAUACAGCGAAGAAGCAUGCUCCCACGAAUAAACCAUUCAAAAAAGGGCUGGGCCUGAAAUGGAACCUCUUUCAGAAAAACCGCGACAACGGACACGCAGAGAAUGAGAGCCUAGCCUCGCGUCCCCAUCGAGUCCAAGCUACAGUAUCGCCGGCAGCAGUUCGUCGGCCUAUUGCACACUAUGCUUUGGUUGAUACUGACUCUGACACCUUGGAGGAUAUCAUCCGCAGUGUCGAAGACUCACCCCCUGCUGAGGAAGAGAAGGCCAUUCCCCAUGUGGAGGUCCCUGCGGCUUUGAAUAUUAGAAAACCAAAUCAGUCUAUUUUGCUGCCUUCGCCACCAAAAUUGGACGGCGAGUUCACGCCUUCUGGGAAAGUAUAUUUUAACAGGGAUCGGUCGACCCCUAGCUCCGAAAAGCCAAUGGAAUGCCCAGAAGAGCAGCGCCCAACGCGCCUGGCAUCCGUUGGUCGUAUUCCACGUGUAGUCUCUAGAAGAGACAGACAGCACCGACCAGCUCUGCAAUCCUUUUCCAGGCCGUUCAGUUUGGCCGACUCCCAUUCAAUAGCAGCCCCGGUGAAAAGCAAGCCAUAUGAAUUUUCACCACCAGGCCUACCUAGACCGCAGGCCCCAUUACAAGCAUAUCAUGGCGAUUUCCCAAGUUUUGCCUUCGAUCUUACUCAGCCAUUCGGUAACCCUAUGGGCCGAAGCGUCUUGGACUUCAUUGCUGGUCCUUACUCUUCCGAUCAAUUUCUGAAGUUCUCCCCUAGAAAGGAUUCAACGGCAACUAUGUCAACAUCAAGUGGCUCGGAGAGCCUCGCAGCAGUUACAGCUGUUAUUCCAGAGCCUGAGUCUGCUCUAAAUGAAGAUGAGGUAUGGGGAGAGUAUGACGAUCUCAUUGACCAUGUCCUCUCUCCUGAUCCUGCGAGGUCUCUGUGCCCAGGUGAUUCCGAAGCUGAUGAAAAGUUUGAAAUGGCCGCCAUAGCUAGUAGAGCUCUUCAGGCUGAACUUAACGGUAUCUCCGAUCGACAGGCCCUUCCUACCACUACCGAGAAUCCUUCCGUGGCACUUACUCCGGCUUCCCCUACCCCGAGCAACGGGUCAAUCCAUUUGAGGCGAUCCAAGAUUAUCGAAACUCUACAUUCCUCACUCGUGCCUUCUAGCCAGCCCUCGUUUAGUGACAUAAUCGCUUAUUAUCGCGAUGAUAGUAGCAUAGGUAAUAACGAUGAGGAGAACGAAAACAACUUGUCAGCUUUAGCACCGUCUCCCGAGCGGCAGUCAAGCUUCCUCACCUCACCUUCUUUAAAUCCUUCACCAAGCUUUGAAACCUGUCGGCAGCGGAACGCGGUCUUGUUUGAUAUCGCUGAGCGGGAUCGGGAAGGGCCAACUGCGCAGACUAACAUUAGAUCUGGGUCCCUUAUGACGAGUCGAUGGCUGUCCUUCGGGAGGGUUUUAUUUAGCCCUGCUCACAAUCACAUCAAAAAUGGUGAAGAGGAGCGGAUCCUAGUAAUUGAUGGACUAGGAAACGAUGACUGGUCGUUCUACUGCGCUUUGACGUACCCUAAUGCGGAGGUGUACAACCUGAAUGACGGACCGGCUCCAACGGCAUCCACACACCCGGAUGCCUGGCAGCCGCCAUCCAACCAUCAUACUAUCUACCAUGCCAGCCUUGAGGGUCGGUUCCCAUUUCCCAAGCGAUAUUUCACGGUUACUGUCUUACGGUUCCCUUCAGCUUGUUCUGAACCUGCCCAGGACAAUAUUAUCUCGGAGUGUAAGCGUGUGUUGCGGCCCGGCGGUUAUAUGGAGAUGAGUUUGCUUGAUCUCGACAUGGUGAAUAUGGGGAUCCGCACUCGAAAGGCCGUUAGAAGCCUAAAGGAGAGAACAUACUUAUCGGAUCCCAGUAUUAGCCUCAAGCCUACAAGCGAUAGCAUACAACGGAUGCUGGGGCGGCACGGGUUUGACAACCUACGCCGGUGUAUGGUACGGAUUCCGGUCGCGGGGAUGAUUGUGAGAUCGUCAGCUUCGUCCUCAUCCACAUCAUCUUCCAACCCGUCAACGUUACUGGCAACAGCCACUUCAUCAGCGGCGUUAUCGGCUCAAUCCAGCUCAUCAAUAGGGGCUCAUUUAAAGGCCCAUAGCAAGUCUUCCUCCAAUGAUACCGACCUAUCUCUAGGCGAUUUGCUAUCUGACCCAUCACCUUCCCCUUCCAACGACGAAUCCAUCCGAAAGAUCGUCGCCCGCGUUGGCCGGUGGUGGUACACGAGAUGCUAUGAGAUACCUGUUCUGGCAAAUGGCGAUGCCGGCCUUAGCAUCUGGGCAGAUAAAAAGGUACUUCGCGAGUGCCAGAAGCGAGGCACCGGCUUUCGUUUGUUGAUUGCAUACACGCAGAAGCCGAGCGAGAAACGGAGGACAGCGAGUGUUUAGAUUCACAUACGGCAGUGCUUCUCACGAAAUACCAUGAUAACGACGACGGAUGACGAUUUAUGAUAUAUUACUCACUAAUGCUCUACGAACCGACAUGACGUGUGAUCCACGAUUAUACCGAUAAUAUACUAUGCUACAGACCGGCAACGGUUAGGGGAAGACAAAACAGAUUGUUAUCAUGCCUUAGCCUUUUGUUUUGCAUUUUUGGUUUUU